GCUGCCGCUGCCUCCUGAUUGGCUGAGACCCACUGGGGGCGUGGCCAGGAAAGCCGGUCAGGCUGCGAGCGCGGGCGGGGGUCCAAAGACAGCGCGUACAGGACGGGUCCGGUGCUUCUGGAUGUUUCUUUGGUCACUAUGUCAAGCAACACAGAUGUGUCUCUCUCUUCAUAUGAUGAAAAUCAGAGGUCUAAAUUUGUACGGAAAGCUAAAGAGGCGCCAUUUGUCCCCAUUGGAAUGGCAGGUUUCGCAGCAAUUGUCGCAUAUGGAUUAUACAAAUUGAAGAACAGAGGAAAUACUAAGAUGUCCCUUCACCUGAUCCACAUGCGUGUAGCAGCCCAAGGCUUUGUUGUGGGAGCAAUGACCAUUGGUAUGGGAUAUUCCAUGUAUAAGGAGUUCUGGGCAAACUCUAAGCCUUAGAAGAGAUGCUGUUUUGGUCUUGGUACUUGUUUAAGUUAGAUAGCUCAUAUUGAGGCUAUAUGUCUAUAUUGACAAUAAAUUAUUUGAGUGAGUCUAAUGGUACUUUGCAUACUGGGUUCCUUUCUGCAGGGUUGAUUUGCCUGAUAACUAAAAUACUAAUGACUGCUUGACUAAGUUGGUCAUUAGGAAAUAAUCAAGUUGUGUCAUUAAAUGUUCUUCAUGGUGGUAAAAUGUCUACCUUAUGAGAUUCUUCUGAUGAGAUUUUUAAAGAUGGUAAUAGUCCAGUUCUGAAGUGCAGUUGCUGCAAAAUAUUGCAUACUUUUGAUGUUGUAUAGGAGUCCCAUUUAUUCUAAUUAAUUUAACUUCUUCUGCCUACCUUGUAGAAUCAUUGAUACUUCAGCUUUAAGGUUGGUUGUCUCCUUAGGAGGACUGCAUGGACUAUAACAUAAGCCUCUCAGUCACUGGAAAUUUGUGCUAAGUGUUUAGCUGAACCUAAAAGACUGAUAACAGAAUGACUGAAACAUAGUCUUUAUGUGUAAACCUGAAAAUAACUAGGAUUCCUGUUAGCUCUUUUGUAAUUGCAAAAUUAUAUUUUUGCUGCUGUUCUAUCAGAAUAAUUUUUAAAUGUUAUCUUGAAAUAGAGAUAAGUAUUUUAAGCUCUAAUUCAAAGUUAGGUGAGUUUUUUUUUUUUUCUUCCCUCCAGCCCUAUUGCUGGGGCUCAGUGCCUGCACCAUGAAUCCACUGCUCCUGGAGGCCAUUUUUCCCCCCUUUUGUUGCCCUUGUUGUUGUAGCCUCGUUGUCGUGGUUAUUAUUGUUAUUGUUGAUGUCAUUUUGUUGUUGGAUAGGAUGGAGAGAGGGGGGAGAGAAAGACAGACACCUGCAGACCUGCUUCACUACCUCUCCCCUGCAGGUGGGGAGCCAGGGGCUCGAACUGGGAUCCUUACACCGGUCCUUGCGCUUCAUACCACAUGCACUUAACCCGCUGCACUACCUCCCAACCCCCAUUAGGUGAAUAUUUUUUAAAAUGUAUGUAAUAUGUUUAUUUUGUCUCAUAACUGUAAGAUAUUAAACUAAGCAAAUCAGCUGUAAUGAAAAGAGUGAUUUGGUUUGGUUACACAUUAUACACAUCUAAAUCUGCUAAAUGUUUUAUUACAGACAUGAAGUUAUCUACCCCGAGCUUACAUUCCAUGGUGGUGCAUGGCAAAUGUUGUUGUAUUAAAGCUAAUGAACACA